AUGCUUCCUGAUUCCGCUCUUGUUCCUGUGGAUCAUCGACUACAAUCCAGAACGUUCACCAACGGACCAUUCCUUGGAAAUCCGUCGUUGUUUCUUCUGACCCACGUGAGCUCGCUUUCAUUCAAUUUUACUAGCUUUCAACCCAACAACCAGAUGAUCGUGUACCAAGGGGAUGCGUUUGCAUCGACAGGAAUUCAAGUGACCAGGAAUCAGCUUGACCAGUCUCUCAAGAACAGCGUGGGCCGAGCUUUGUACCGGGAGCCUGUUCAAAUUUGGGACAAAAAAACCCGUAAGCUAUCAGAUUUCAACACCCAUUUUUCCUUCUCAAUGAACGCACUUAAUGCGACCAAAUAUGGUGAUGGCUUAUCUUUCUUCCUUAUGCCUUUUGAACCCGAGAUUCCUCUCCUUUCAUAUGGUGGUUUCCUUGGCUUAUUUAGUCCGGCUUCGGCUUUCAACUCCUCCAAUAAUACCGUUGUUGCAGUCGAGUUUGAUUCGUUUAUGAAUACGUGGGAUCCUAGUGACAACCAUGUUGGGAUCAAUGUGAAUUCGAUUGUCUCGGUGGCUAAUGUUUCGUGGAAUACUAGCAUCAAAGACGGAAGGAUGGCAAAUGCAUGGGUGAAUUAUAAUUCUAGUACUUAUAACCUAAGUGUGUUUCUAUCCUAUGAAGAGCAGCCAAUUUUUGUUGGGAACUCCAGCCUUUGGUACAUGAUUGAUCUAAGGGAAGUUCUACCCGAAUCGGUUCGUAUUGGGUUUUCAGCAGGAACAGGGGACUGGAUCGAAACACACACCAUUUUCUCGUGGACGUUUGAUUCCAGUUUGGAGAAAACUCGAGUGAAAAAGAAUGUAUGGUUUGUGACUGGUUUAGCUGCGGGUUCAGGCGCCUUGAGCCUUGUGGUUGGGUUCUUUUGGUUCUUUUGCUGGAAGAAGCAAUACAUUUUCCGCAAAAGAGAAGACGUGGCCACAGAAUACGACUUCGAAAAGAGCAUUGGGCCAAAGCAAUACUCGUUUCGUGAACUCAGUAAGGCCACCGAUGGGUUCUCGGAGGAACAAAAGCUUGGUGAAGGUGGGUUUGGGGGAGUUUACAAGGGUGUAUUGAGUGGUGGAAACUCACCGGUUGCGGUCAAGCGGGUCUCGAGCGGAUCAAAGCAAGGGAAGAAAGAGUAUUUGUCGGAAGUAAAGAUCAUCAGUCGAUUAAGGCACAGGAACUUGGUGCAACUUGUGGGUUGGUGCCACGAACAAGGCGAUUUUCUUCUUGUCUACGAGUAUAUGCCUAAUGGAAGCCUCGAUUCUCAUCUGUUCUACUCGAAAUCGAAGCUAAGUUCAUCGGUUAGAUACAAAAUAGCCAUGGGAGUUGCUUCUGCCUUGCUUUACCUCCAUGAAGAAUGGGAACAAUGUGUGGUGCAUCGGGAUAUCAAGUCUAGUAACAUAAUGUUGGAUUCGAGUUACAACGCAAAAUUAGGCGAUUUUGGACUUGCACGGCUUGUGGACCAUGAUCUGGGCUCUCAAACCACGGUUCUAGCCGGAACAAUGGGUUAUUUAGCCCCAGAAUGUGUCAUGACCGGCAAAGCAAGUCGAGAGUCCGAUGUUUACAGUUUCGGGGUUGUUGCACUCGAAAUUGCAUGUGGACGAAAGCCUAUCGACAUGAAGGUGGAACCCGGUAAACAAAGGUUGGUAGAAUGGGUUUGGAGUCUUUAUGGCGAAGGGAAGUUAUUUGAAGCCAUGGACGCGAGGUUAAACGGAGAAUUCGACCACCGCGAAAUGGAGUGCUUGAUGGUGGUUGGUUUGUGGUGUUGUCAUCCCGAUAGUGGCAAUCGGCCGUCGAUAAAACAAGCGAUAAGUGUGCUGAAUUUUGAAGGGUCAUUGCCUAGCCUUCCGGCGAAAGAACCCAUACCCAUCUAUUAUGCACCUCCGAUGAGUAUGUGUAGGUUCACAUAUACGUCUUCAGUUGGUGCAAGUGAGACGAGUGGGGGGAAAGGGGCCGUGAGUAGUUGUGGGUCGUAUUCAUCGGCAGGAUCCUUGAAAGGACUGUUGGAGACACGGAGCGGUGGCCCGUAACUGUAAGGCAUUAUUGGUUGGUUGAGUCGACACUGACAGACAUGCACAUGCUAACGGAAGGUGUAUAGUUACGUUUUUGGUUGACU